AUGCCUAUUGCUAAAACUACAGCCAUUCGACGAACACUUGAAAACAUCUCGGAUAAAUUUGAUAAAAUUGCAAAGGAGCUAAUACCUGGAAGUCUGGAUUGGCCAACUAUUGUUUAUGUCGGUAAAGUAUAUGACCAGACUGAAACAUUCUCAAAUGAUCUCGAUUCCUUGUUCGACAUUGUAAAUUCAACCUUGUACGAAGCAAAGCUUAAAUUAAAAAAUGAAAUCGCUAAGGCAGAAAAAACAAAUGACGAGGAAGAUUGGAUUGCUGUGGAGAUGGCUGCCUAUGAAUUUAUUAAAACUUCAACUGCUGCAGUGUUUUUUGAUGAGGAAUACCAGUUGGCUAAAAAUUCAUAUCUUACUUACCUUUUCAAAGGACGUAUGGUUUUGAAAAUAAAUGGAGAAGGGCAUUGA